AUGCAUGAUGGAAGAGAUCUCGAUGGCACGCUUCGUGAAGUCGACGCGGAUGCUCUUUCCAAGCUCGCGAAAUCCCUGAUGGCGGAGAAGCGUUUCGUCAACCCGAAAGAGCUUGCGAGGCCGUCGGCGCUCGCGACGCCGUUCCACCAAUCACAGCUCUUAAAGGCCAUCACCGCCGCCCUCGCGCGCAAGCCCUCAGCGCGGAUCGGAACCAGCGUGGGCGGCGCGUUCGGCUCGCUGACGGGCGCAGGCAGAGGAGGGAGCGGAUCCGGGGGCUCGCUGACCCUCGGCGGAAGCGCCAGCCUGAGCAGCCUGGCGUGCGGCGCGCUGACAGGCGCCGCGGAGCGGGGAGCAGCGCCAGGCCUGGCCCCUGGCGCUGGGGGCGGCGGGGGAGGAGCUUCUCGGGCGGCAGGGGCUGUUUCGGGCGGCGUGGGGGGCGGCAGCGGGCGGCGCAGCAGCGGCGCGGCGGCAAUCAAUGUCGACGGGAGGACGAGCGCUGGCGAGGAGAGAGAGGAGCGCUGGCGAGGAGAGAGAGGAGCGCUGGCGAGGAGAGAGAGGAGCGCUGGCGAGGAGAGCGAGGAGCGCUGGCGAGGAGAGAGAGGAGCGCUGGCGAGGAGGGAGAGGAGCGCUGGCGAGGAGGGAGAGGAGCGCUGGCGAGGAGGGAGAGGAGCGCUGGCGAGGAGGGAGAGGAGCGCUGGCGAGGAGGGAGAGGAGCGCUGGCGAGGAGGGAGAGGAGCGCUGGCGAGGAGAGGAGCGCUGGCGAGGAGAGGAGCGCUGGCGAGGAGGGAGAGGAGCGCUGGCGAGGAGAGGAGCGCUGGCGAGGAGAGGAGCGCUGGCGAGGAGAGGAGCGCUGGCGAGGAGAGGAGCGCUGGCGAGGAGAGGAGCGCUGGCGAGGAGAGGAGCGCUGGCGAGGAGAGGAGCGCUGGCGAGGAGAGGAGCGCUGGCGAGGAGAGGAGCGCUGGCGAGGAGAGGAGCGCUGGCGAGGAGAGGAGCGCUGGCGAGGAGAGGAGCGCUGGCGAGGAGAGGAGCGCUGGCGAGGAGAGGAGCGCUGGCGAGGAGAGGAGCGCUGGCGAGGAGAGGAGCGCUGGCGAGGAGAGGAGCGCUGGCGAGGAGAGGAGCGCUGGCGAGGAGAGGAGCGCUGGCGAGGAGAGGAGCGCUGGCGAGGAGAGGAGCGCUGGCGAGGAGAGGAGCGCUGGCGAGGAGAGGAGCGCUGGCGAGGAGAGGAGCGCUGGCGAGGAGAGGAGCGCUGGCGAGGAGAGGAGCGCUGGCGAGGAGAGGAGCGCUGGCGAGGAGAGGAGCGCUGGCGAGGAGAGGAGCGCUGGCGAGGAGAGGAGCGCUGGCGAGGAGAGGAGCGCUGGCGAGGAGAGGAGCGCUGGCGAGGAGAGGAGCGCUGGCGAGGAGAGGAGCGCUGGCGAGGAGAGGAGCGCUGGCGAGGAGAGGAGCGCUGGCGAGGAGAGGAGCGCUGGCGAGGAGAGGAGCGCUGGCGAGGAGAGGAGCGCUGGCGAGGAGAGGAGCGCUGGCGAGGAGAGGAGCGCUGGCGAGGAGAGGAGCGCUGGCGAGGAGAGGAGCGCUGGCGAGGAGAGGAGCGCUGGCGAGGAGAGGAGCGCUGGCGAGGAGAGGAGCGCUGGCGAGGAGAGGAGCGCUGGCGAGGAGAGGAGCGCUGGCGAGGAGAGGAGCGCUGGCGAGGAGAGGAGCGCUGGCGAGGAGAGGAGCGCUGGCGAGGAGAGGAGCUAA